CCUGCCAUUGGUUAGAGCGAGUGUCAAUCAUACAUUUUCUCGUCACAAAAUAACGGAGAAGGAAGCGACAUUUCUGCUUGUGUCUAAUUAAAGAAUCCUGGGAAGUGGCAGAAAAAAUAUCCAGAGAUUCUUGUCACAAGACAGUCCUGUGAUGCGAGAGAAGGGAGGAGGAAACAUUGACACGAUGAAGAUGAUGAAGAUGAAGAUGUGAUCCUGCUAAAACCAAACGCUUUCAUCCCUUUUAAAAAGCUAUUGUUCUCUCCGGUAACCGGAUAGGGAUGUAGAAUAACAAAUGAACUAUCGGCCUAUCGGUUACCGUGAGGAUGCUGACAGGUUCAGAUCUGCGUUAAUAAUCUAGUUUAGUCGCGUUUUCUUACUUUGUCUUCCAGCUGCCAAGAUGAUCCACAGCCUGUUCCUGGUGAACGCGUCGGGGGACAUCUUUCUGGAGAAGCACUGGAAGAGCGUGGUCAGCCGAUCCGUCUGCGAUUACUUUUUCGAGGCUCUGGAACGAGCCACGGAACCGGAGAACGUUCCUCCGGUGAUCCCGACCCCGCAUCACUACCUCAUUAACGUGCUCCGACACCGCAUCUACUUCGUGGCCGUCAUUCAGAGCGAAGUGCCUCCGCUGUUUGUCAUCGAGUUCCUGCAUCGUGUGGUCGACACGUUUCAGGACUAUUUCGGGGUUUGCACCGAGGCAGCUAUUAAAGACAAUGUUGUGGUGGUCUAUGAGCUGCUGGAGGAGAUGCUGGAUAACGGCUUCCCUCUGGCCACCGAAUCAAACAUCCUAAAAGAGCUCAUCAAACCUCCUACCAUCCUGCGCACCGUGGUCAACACCAUCACAGGAAGCACUAAUGUUGGCGAGCAGCUUCCUACAGGUCAGCUGUCUGUGGUUCCGUGGCGGCGCACAGGUGUCAAAUACACCAACAAUGAAGCUUAUUUUGACGUGGUGGAAGAAAUCGAUGCUAUCAUUGAUAAAUCAGGUUCCACUAUCACAGCAGAGAUUCAGGGAGUGAUAGACGCCUGUGUGAAACUCACAGGAAUGCCUGAUCUCACCUUGUCAUUUAUGAACCCUCGACUCCUGGACGAUGUCAGCUUCCACCCCUGUGUCCGGUUCAAGCGUUGGGAGGCCGAGCGAAUCCUGUCCUUCAUCCCACCAGACGGCAACUUCCGCCUCCUGUCCUACCACGUCAGCUCCCAGAACCUGGUGGCCAUCCCGGUGUACGUGAAGCACAACAUCAGCUUCAGAGAGGGCAGUUCUCAGGGGCGUUUUGAGCUCACCCUCGGCCCGAAGCAGACUAUGGGUAAAGCGGUGGAAUCAGUCCUGGUGAGCAGUCAGCUGCCCCGCGGCGUCCUCAACGCCAACCUCAACGCCUCACAGGGCACCUACACUUUUGACCCGGUCACCAAGCUUUUGUCUUGGGAUGUGGGCAAGAUAAACCCCCAGAAACUGCCCAGUUUAAAAGGAACUAUGAGUCUCCAGGCUGGAGCGUCCAAACCUGAUGAAAACCCAACAAUCAACAUCCAGUUCAAGAUUCAGCAGCUGGCCAUCUCAGGUCUGAAAGUAAAUAGGUUGGACAUGUAUGGCGAGAAGUACAAACCUUUCAAAGGCAUCAAAUACAUGACCAAGGCCGGCAAAUUUCAAGUCCGAACCUAGACGACCUCGCUGCUCUUGCAUUCUGUAAUUAAUUCGAUUGGUUUACGGCAAAAUGGGGACGAAGAAAAGAGAGGGAACAAGUUUGAGUAAAUACAUCUCCUUUUGGAAUGCACUUCAGGACCAAUUCAGGAACAUGCACGAUAAGACAUCUGACUUCCAGAGAGAUUAUGUUGUUAUUAACACUAUCAAAAUGUGCUUCUACAGGUCCGCCCAAGUUAAAGGGACAGUAACUACAUAAUCCUGUUUUAUUGCGUCCAUGUUAUUUGCAGCUUCUCUGGAUUACGGUUGCUCUCCUUACUUGAUUUCUUAUUGCCAGUUUCAGAACCCUCUCCUUCACACUGUAUCUUGACAUUUUCUUUAUGAGAUUGAGCUGCGCUGUUAUGUAUUGAUCUGUGCUCUCCUCCUCUGAGAAGCGAGGCGACUCAUUUCUGCAUUGCAGAACGAUAAUCUUAUAUUACCAUUACAGACUGACUUCGGCCUCCGUCCCCAAUGAUUGUGUGCAAAGUAAACCAAAUUCUUCAAAUGGUCAAACACUGAACUUUUAUCUUUGUUUACUGUGGUAUUAUGACAGUAUACAUCUUUUGUUUGAAUUGUUAUUGAAAUGUGUUUCUUAUGCUAUUUAUUGCCUGUCUGGCCAUAAGCAAAUGAUUUAAAGCAUAACUGACCACAACAAUCCAUGGUGAUGCUUGAUUGUUCAGCCUCUCUUGUUUAACCCUGAAUGCAACAUGCAUUUAAAAAUGAUGGAUUUGAUACACGGUACUUUUGAAGUGCAGAUUUAGAGAUUUGAUUAUGGAUACUGAUUGAAAUAUACACUGAGUAGGAAAUAUGUGAAUUUUGUUUUUAGCUUAUGUUGAUGUUGUUUUCUUUCCUCCAUACUGUUUUUCAGAUAAAUACAACUGUUUACAAUGCUAUGAAAUAAUAAUAAUAAUAAAAAAAUACACAAAAUG